AUGGCCGUCCAGAACAUGACCCGAAUCGUGGGCGCCGGGCGCGCAUGCGUCCAGCGGUCCCUGGCGGCCGCCGGCCGAUCGAUCUCGACCACCGCGGCGGUGAAUGAGCCCGAGGCGCCGGCCGUCUCCGGGCAGCGAGGGGUCAUGACGGCCGUACAGGAGGAGGUGGAGGAUGAGCGUUACAGGCCGGUCUGGCACCCCGUGCCAGCGGUGAAGAGGGAUUUGUACGGCACGGUGUCGGCGGUGGACUCUACGGCGUCCACCUCGGGAGAGUCGGCCGAGUACCGCAACGUGGACGGCUGCAGGGUGGAGGAUGGCCGAUAUGGCCGAUUCAGGGCCGAGAUCUCGGGGUUCAUCCCCGAGGGGAGGGUGGCGGACGAUCCCGUACGCAUGUUUGCGUACGGGACGGAUGCUAGUUUCUACCGUCUCAAUCCGAAGAUAGUAGUGAAGGUCCAUACGGAGGAGGAGGUGGCCAGGAUCAUGCCCAUCGCGAGGGCGCUGGGCGUGCCGGUGACGUUCCGGGCGGCGGGAACGUCGCUGUCCGGGCAGGCGGUCACAGACUCCGUCCUGCUGAAGCUCUCGCACACGGGGCGGAACUUCAGGGCGUUCGACGUGCACGGUGAUGGGAGCACCAUCACUGUCGAGCCAGGCUUGAUUGGCGGCGAAGUGAACCGAAUUCUUGAAGCUCACAAGAACAAGGGCGGCCACGAGAUCCAGUACAAGAUCGGGCCGGACCCAUCGAGUAUUGACAGCUGCAUGAUUGGGGGGAUCGUCUCCAACAACAGUUCAGGGAUGUGCUGUGGGGUGGCUCAGAACACCUACCACACCCUCAAGGACAUGAGGGUUGUGUUUGUGGAUGGCACAGUCCUGGACACGGCAGAUGCCAACAGCAGGAAGGCUUUCCUUGAGAGUCACAAGGAUUUGGUGGCAGGGGUUGUCAAGAUCGCCAGCCGCGUCCAGGGGGAUCGUGAACUUUCCAACCUCAUAAGGAAAAAGUUUGCCAUCAAGUGCACCACAGGGUAUUCGCUGAAUGCCCUGGUGGACUUCCCAAUCUCGGACCCCAUCGAGAUCAUCAAAAGAUUGAUGAUCGGAUCUGAGGGCACCUUCGGCUUUAUUUCCCGUGUUACUUACAACACGGUGCCAGACUGGCCUCACAAGGCGUCUGCGUUCAUCGUGUUCCCGCACGUUGAGGAUGCUUGCAGGGCUGCAUCCGCCCUCCGUGACAACACCACGGUGGAUGCAGUGGAGAUGUUCGACCGGGCAUGCCUGCGAGAGUGUGAGGGCCAUGACAAGAUGCCCUCCUUGGUGCCCUGCGUGAUUGGCGCCGACCCCAUGGCUGCCUCGUUGCUCGUUGAGUGCCGUGGCCAGACGCCAGAAGCCCUGCAGCAGCGAAUUAAGGAGGUGACCUCUGUCCUGGAGAACUCGGACCUGAGGUUUGGUUCAAAGGCCAGCGACCCCAAAAAAGUCACUGACUUUGAAUUUUCCCAUGACCCAGAGGUGUACAACGUUUUCUGGGAUGUGCGGAAGGGCCUCAUCCCUAUGGUGGGAGGUGCUCGGGAGACGGGCACGUCCAUGCUCAUUGAAGAUGUUGCCUGCCCAGUCGAGAACUUGGCGGGCAUGACGAUCGACUUGAUCGCCAUGUUUGAAAAAUACAAGUACACCGAUGCCUCAUGCUUUGGGCAUGCGCUGGAGGGGAACCUUCACCUGGUGUUCAGCCAGGGUUUCAGGAACAGGGAGGAGGUGGAACGCUUCUCGCAAAUGAUGAGCGAGAUGGCGUACAUUGUCGCCACGAAGCACAGUGGAUCCCUGAAGGGCGAGCACGGAACCGGACGCAACAUGGCGCCCUUUGUCGAAAUGGAGUGGGGGACCAAGGCUUAUGAGCUGAUGUGGGAGUUGAAGAAGCUCUUUGAUCCCAGCUUCACCCUCAAUCCCGGGGUGGUCCUGAACUCGGACCCUGCAGCCCACGUCAAAUUUUUGAAGCCGUCCCCCCCGGCUUCAAACAUCGUGGACAGGUGCAUCGAGUGUGGCUUUUGUGAAAGCAAUUGCCCCUCGAGGGACCUGACGCUGACCCCCCGGCAGCGGAUCACAGUCUACAGGGAGAUCUCCCGACUACGGGGGAUCAACAACAAAAAUUUGGAUGAGCAGCAAAGGCUCAAGGACUUCGAAAGCCUUUUUGACUACCUGGGCGAGCAGACGUGCGCUGCGGACGGCAUGUGCCAGGAGAAAUGCCCGGUGAAGAUCAACACUGGGGAGCUGGUCAAGAGUCUCCGGGCAGAAAGCCUUGAAAAAGCGCAGAACUCGAGAAGCCUGGCCAUGAUGCUGGCCAACAACUUUUCCCUUUUCCAGUCUGGUGUGCCCUUUUUCCUCAACGGUGUGAACCUGGCACACAAUCUGGUGGGACCAAAACCACUGGCAGGCAUCUCGUCAUGGCUCAACCGCGUGACAGACCAUCAAGUGCCAGCCUGGAACCCUUACAUGCCCAAGGGGGCUGCCAAAUUGCAAGAUCCUCCGACUGUGCCCACCACCUCUGACAAGAGGGGCAUCCCACGGAAGGUCGUUUACGUGCCUUCCUGCGUCACCAGGAUGAUGGGCCCAUCAGGGUCUGACACCGAAACACAAUCGGUGCACCAGAAGUUGAUGUCGUUGUUUGACAAGGCACAGUUUCAAGUGAUCUACCCCAAGGGGUUGAGCAACAUGUGCUGUGGCAGCAUGUUCAACAGCCGCGGCUACAAGGAUGCCGCCAGGAGCAAAGUGGCAGAACUGGAGGAGGCCCUUAUGCAGGCCUCUGAGGGCGGGAUGAUCCCUAUCGUCUUCGACACCAGCCCCUGCCUCAUCGAGGCCAAGGGCGGCAUUGCCAACACCGCCCUUGCCAGCUCCAUGUAUGAGCCUGUGCAGUUCAUCCGGCAGUUCCUCAAGGACAAACUGGAGUUCAAGAAGGUGCGCGACCAGGUGGCCAUCCAUGUGCCGUGCUCAUCCAAGAAGAUGGGCGUGGAGCGGGCCUUCGCGGAACUGGCGGGCCUGUGCGCCCACGAGGUCGUGCCCUCGGGCAUCCCCUGCUGCGGCAUGGCCGGCGACAAGGGCAUGCGGUACCCCGAGCUGACGGGUGCCUCCCUGCAGCACCUGAACCUGCCGGCCAGCUGCAAGGACGGCUACUCCACCUCGCGCACGUGCGAGAUCACGCUGUCCAACCACAGCGGGAUCAACUUCCGGGGCCUGGUGUACCUGGUGGACGAGGCGACGACGCGCAAGCGGGAUUCUUCCUCGGCCUAG